AGCCGGAGGUGGGAGCCGUCGAAGACCCGGGAUCCGCGGGAGGCGGCGGCUGCAGCCUGGGAUCCCCCAGGGACUCCCCGGAGCCGCCGCUUCCCCCAUGGACUUGCCCGGGGACUCCAGUCCACCUGGCCGGCCACGUCUGUGCCGCCAGCCUCUGGCUCGAGCAUUAUGGGGAGCCAGGAGCCCCAAACGGCCGAGACUGCAGUCUCUAGCGACCCCUUCACCUUUGGAAAAGGCCUCUCGGCGGGUUUUGGCUGUGGUGCUGGAAGAUGUUAUGGCUGCCCACGUGGUUCCCCUGGUGCCCCAAGAAGAGACCAACACCCCACGGCACCACAGCAACCAACGGGAUUCUGUCCGCAGCCAGCCACCUGCCUUGCCUCCCCAACAGGCCACGUGGUCCUCACAGACCAGGCCUCCCGACCCACUGCGCUUAUGCCGAGAGCCCUUGAGCCGCAUCCACGGGCCCUCUUCUACCCUGAGGCGGCGAUCAAGGACAACCCCUGGCCCAGAGGAGGGCCCUUCACAAAAGGUGGACUGGACCCCCCAGCCCACUCUGGUGGUGAUGCUAGAAGACAUUGCCAGCGCAAGACCCCCAGCUGAGGGCUUUGCUGAUGAGACUCCCAACUUCCUCAUCCCAGCAAGAAGAGCUGAGCCCAUGACGAUUGUUCACCAGUCAAUGCCUCCGUCCGGGGACCUGGAUCCCCCGUUCCAGCCAUCUGCCCUGCCUGAAGACCCUCCAGAGACCCCACCACCAGCCCGGGAUCCUGUACUGGAGCCCCCAUCGAUCCCACCGCCGUCCAGCCUUUUACGCCCCCGCCUCAGUCCCUGGGGCUUGGCCCCCCUCUUCCGUUCCGUCCGCUCCAAGCUGGAGAGCUUUGCUGAUAUCUUCCUCACACCCAACAAAGCCCCACGGCCCCCACCCCCAUCACCCCCCAUGAAGUUGGAGUUGAAGAUUGCCAUUUCAGAGGCCGAGCAGUCCGGGGCUACUGAGGACACUGCAUCUGUCAGUCCCCGGCCCCCUAUCCGCCAGUGGCGGGCCCAGGACCACAAUCCCCCCGCACCUCUCUCUAAGCCCUCUCUGGGCCGAAGCCACUCCUGCCCUGAUCUGGGGCCCCCUGGCCCAGAUACCUGCAGCUGGCCCCCUGCUCCACACCAGCCAAGCCGGUCACGGCCCCGGCGGCACACUGUGGGUGGUGGAGAGAUGGCCCGAGCCCCACCACCCCCUCGGCCCUGUCUCCGGAAAGAGGUCUUCCCUCUUGGAGGAGUGGGAGGCUCUCCUCCCCUUGUCACAUCUUGCUCGUCCACUGCAUCUUCCUCCUCCUUCUCUGAACCUGCAGAACCCAGGUUGGGUUCAACCAAGGGGAAGGAGCCAAGGGCCUCAGAGGACCAGGUGCUUUCAGACCCUGAGACCAAGACCAUGGGAAAGGUUUCUCGAUUCAGAAUACGCAGGACACCAGCCCGUCCUCAGCUCAACCUUACACCAAUGGGGCUGCCUCGACCAAUCAGGUUGAACAAGAAGGAGUUCAGCUUAGAAGAAAUUUAUACCAACAAGAAUUAUCAGUCGCCUACAACCAGGAGGACCUUUGAGACCAUCUUUGAGGAACCCCGGGAGCGCAACGGGACUUUGAUUUUCACCAGCUCAAAGAAGCUUCGGCGGGCUGUAGAAUUUCGGGACAGCAGCCUUCCUCGAUCCCGGCGGCCCUCUCGUGGGGUCCGGGCUGCAGCUGGCAGGACCUUUACCCCCAGCCUGGCCCCCAGCCCAGAUGUGGAACCUCUGCUGCAGCAGCGGCUGGAGGAGCUGGAUGCCUUACUCCUGGAAGAGGAGGAAGUGGAUAGGGAGCGGCCCCAUUGGACCUAGGAGCUCCAUCUGUUUGUUCAUCCGUCCUGAAGCAUCUGGGGCAGUUAUAUAUUUUUCUCUAUAUUUCUAGUAAAGUUUUC